ACUACCGCUGCGAUGAUAUGCGAUGGUCCAGCGUAAUCUGGGCGCUCAGUGCCUCAGUGCGGGACUUUUAUGUGACCGGUGUAGUGACAAGAAGCCAUGGAGGUCUACCGAAGAUCCUCUGGGCUGGUGCUGCUCCUUGGAUUGUUUCUUCUCGCCACUACCUUGCAGGGUGUGCAAGGUGAGGUCGAGUCAGAAGGUCCUUCCGAAUCCGAAUGUAGGCCAUAUAUCGAAAAGGCUUUGAAAGAGCUGGAGGCGGGCGAAGUUCCCGCGGGAUCAUCGGCAGAAGAUGGCGACGGCGAUAGCAAGGAAGAUAUUCCCACUGUAGAAAUAACUGACGACUCCGCUCACCAAGAAGGCGACGGAGAAAAAGACGAUACUAACGAAGCAGGUCAAGACCAAGACAGUAAUGAGAACGUUCAAACUGUUUCCGAAAAAAUCGAGCCAGAGGUACGACCAACUGUUAUUCAAAAAAUUUCUUCAUUUUUCCAAAAAGUUUUUCAGAGAACUCCAAGCAAAAAAGAAGAAGCAGCAAAUGAAAGCAAGCAAUCUGAAGAUAAGCAAGAUGAUGCUAGCCAAGAACAACAAGAUGAAGCUUCUGUAAAUGAUGCCGAUCGAAAGGACGCUGAAGAAGACGAACAAAAAGAAGAUUCGAAGGAAGACGAUACCAAAACAGACGAAACAGCAAGCGCAGAAGACGAUGGUAAGGAUGAAGCUAGCAAUGAAGGGGACGAUGAGAAAGCUGAUGAGAAGGCGAGCGAAGAUGAGGAGAGUAAAGAACAGCAGGCUGAUGAUAAUGUGAGCGAAGAUGGGGAGAGUGAAGAACCGCAGGCUGAGAGUGAGGAAGAAAAAGCUGAUACUGACGAUAGUAAAGAGGAAGCUGAAGCUCAACAAAACGCAGAUGACUCGACUGAAGAUGACGGUGCACAACAAGAUGAAAGUAAAGAGGAACAAGCUCAACAAGAUGAUAAGAGUGAGGAACAUGGAGACAGUUUAGAGGAAAGGAUAGAAGCCGAAAUUAUAGAGCAUUUAACACAAUCCCAAAAUCAAGAUGAUGGAAGCAAAGAAGACGAACCAGCAGCACAAGUUGAAGAUCAAAAGGAAAGUAUAGAAGAUCAAGCUCAAAGUGAUGAAGAGCAAGCCCAGAGUGAAGAGGAACAACCUACAAACACAGAAGAUACACAAGAUACAAAAGAGGAUGACUCAAAGGAAGAUGAUGGAAAAGAUGGUGACUCAAAAGAAGAUGAAAAAAAUGAUCCGGAAGACGAUAAAGAAGCGUCAAAAGAAGUUACUAAGGACGAAACCGACGAUGACAGUAAAGAGGAUGAACAUGAACGCCACAAAAGAUCUAUUGAUGAUGCUCAGGAUGAUGGAAUAGAAUCAAAGGAAGAAGAAGCUACUUUAAAAGAAGAUGCAUCAAAGGAAGAUUCAAAAGAGGAUGAAGCAGCUACAAAAGAAGAAGUAGAUGAUAAACAACAAGAGGAAGUCGAAGAGGUCGCGGAGUCCAAAGAAGACGAUGUGGAUUCUAAAGAAGGUACAACAGAAGAUGCUGACAAGUCUGAUGAAAAAGUAGAGCCUCAAUCAGACGAAAACACUGAGGAUAACAAACAAGAAAGUGCCGAAAACAAGGAUGAUGACCAAAAAGAUGGAGAUAGCAAAGAAGAUGACACAAAAUCAACCGAACAAGAUGAUAAGGAUGAUAAAGAUGAUGAUGUUAAGGGUGACAGUAGGGAAGAAAAUGCGGAUGAUAAGUCUGUCGAAGCCGAAAAAGAUGGUGACGAAAGCAGGGAAAAUGAUUCAACUGAUGAUAAUAAAAGUGGAGAAGAUGGUGCUCCUGUGGAGGAACUAUCCUUGGACACAGAAAUUCCAAGCGACUUACGACCCAGAGAUCACGUGGAGCAACUUCUUAAGCUCGACGAGCAAUCUUCAGAUACAGAAACAAUAAUUAACAGGGUCUCUGAAAUAACCUUAAGAGAUCUCAAGAAACUGUAUGAAAAUGCUAUCAAGCCAUUAGAAGUUUUGUAUAAAUACAGAGACUUAAGUAACAGGCACUUUGGUGAUUCGGAAAUUUUCUCCAAGCCACUAAUUUUAUUUAUGGGACCAUGGAGUGGAGGAAAAUCAUCAAUUAUAAAUUAUCUGACUAACAACGAAUAUAACGAAACCUCAUUAAGGACAGGAGCUGAACCAUCCCCAGCUUAUUUCAACAUUUUAAUGUAUGGUGAAGAACCAGAGGUAAUUGAUGGCAGUGAGUUAGCUGCUGACUUCACAUUUUCUGGAUUACAAAAGUUUGGACAAGGAUUAGAGGAACGCCUUAGGGGUGUUAAGCUACCUUCUAAACUGCUAGAAAAAGUUAACAUUGUGGAAAUACCUGGUAUUCUUGAAGUUCGGAAGCAAGUUUCAAGGGUAUUUCCAUUUAAUGAUGCCUGUCAGUGGUUUAUCGAUAGAGGUGACAUUAUAUUCCUAGUGUACGAUCCCUCAAAACUAGACGUAGGACCAGAAACUGAAGCAAUCCUAGAUCAACUCAAGGGACGAGAACACCAGACCCGUAUUAUUCUCAACAAAGCCGACCGAGUCAAACCAGAAGAGCUCUUGAGAGUGCAAGGAGCCUUGAUAUGGAACAUUUCUCCUUUGAUGUCAUCUCCGCAACCUCCAAUUAUGUACACAACCUCAUUAUGGUCACGACCUUACGAACCUUGGGCCCCUGUGAGACUACUGCAAGCUCAGGAGAGAGCUUUUCUGAGAGACUUAAGAGGGGCUGUCGACAAAAGAAUUGAAAAUAAAAUAGCAAGCGCACGUAGAUUCGCUGUGCGUGUACGCAACCAUGCCAAAAUGGUGGACUGUUAUCUCACAACCUACUAUAAUCACAAAUCGGUCUUUGGUAACCGGAAACAAGUAGCUGACGCAAUCAUAGAGCAUCCUCAAGAUUACCACAUCUACGAAGGGCUUUCUACCCUCACGAACAUUUCCCGUUACGAUCUUCCAGAUCCAGAUGUGUACAAAGACUUCUUCAAACUAAACCCAUUGUAUGAAUUCCAGCAACUAUCAGCAACAUGUACCUACUUCAGGGGCUGUCCCAUCAAUAGGUUAGAUAUCGCCAUUGCGUACGAUCUUCCAGAGCUGUUGGGGACGCACAGGAAACGGGUAGAAAGUGCAUUAACAGAAGAAAAGUCUGGCUCAAAACAACAAACUUCAACAACGCCUGGUAGUUGAGCUAAUAGUAACAGUCCAAGUAUUAACCAAACUUGUAGAUACAAGUCCUGUGAAUACUGAGAAAACUGAUGUUAUCCCAAAACAUUGACUAAACGACUCGUUUAUUCUGAAAGAGGCUUACAAUGACAGUCCAAGUUUUGGGAUAAACAUCCAAAUUUUAUUUAAGACUUUAAAAACGCAUUCAGCGUUAAAAUAUCAUGAGAUCUUCCAUUUUCGAAUUUUGUGGUAAAUGUUUUUCUUCCUUAUAUACGAAAAAUGACUUUUAGGACUUUUGUGCUAACGUGGCCAUAUGGACUGAUGUAAACUAACUUAUGUGAACAUCGAAGACGUUUUAGCGCUAUGCUUUCAUGGUAUUCUUUCGUUUUGAGCAAACUGAAGCAUCCCAACGUACUCACAACUCACCAUUCUUUAACCCAUUCUUUAUUUGUAAGCUUGAAAAGAAAGAAUAUUACUAUAGUCUCCUGCCAGUGUGUUGAUCGCAUUUAAGAGUUCUUGCUAUCGGAGUGUUCUUGCAUCCAGCAGUCGAUUUCAAAGAGAGUAGGCAAUUUAAUAUAUUUUUGACACCAGGUGUACAAUUCCUUACUAAAAUUUCAAAAACUGCGAAGGUUUAUUUAUUGUUGUUAUGUGUAUAUUGAAUGUACAGAUAAUUGAUACGUUGUUGUAGUCCGUGUAACUUAGUUAUUUUAUUUGUUCUUUUUCAUUCGAAUUAUUUAUGAAUAAUAACAUUUAAGAAGACAUUAUAGGUUAAGUAAAUGAAUAAAAUAAAUAUGUUUACAUUUGUA